AUGUCGUCUGAAACUCAAAAUUACUUUGCAGGAAAUGCAACGUUCAUUCAAAAAACUUUAACGCCGUUUGUUUCGAAAGUGGGAGACUUCUCGCCAUUCUACAUAGCCGUAGCAAUUUCGUCUGUUAUUCUUGGAUUUAUACUGAUUUUGAAUUUUGUUUGUUGCUGUUCAAGAUACUCUAAUUACUGGCUUGAUAGGCACACAGGGAACCGUUGGAUCGUGUCAAUUUGGUCCACAACGCCUCAUAAGCAACCACCUCUAGAUUUCACUGAGCUUGACCACGACUUUGUUCCUAUACAAUACACAUCUUACCAGCCCGAAGAAUACCAAGAAGUUCACAGGCACGACAUUGAAGUAGCCCCUUCAAUAUCCAGACAGCCACUCACUACCUCACAAGAAUAUCUAGAGUUACAUAAGAGAGAAAGUGAUAUAUAA